AUGUACCGCGCGUAUUACGCCGAAAUGGCUGCAGUUCCGGCUCCGGAGCGCAGCAGCCUGCGUACCGUGAACGUGUGUCACGAGGCGGCACCAGGGCGAUGCGUGCGCGCCAUCUGUUGGCAGCCUGAGGGCAUGCAGUUCGCCGCUGUGCACGCGCUCGUGGUCUUUGACCGACGUUCGCUGGCGCCGCAGCCGUCAUACGUGUGGGACGCGAGCCGCCCACAGGCGCCACUCCUAACGCUGGGAGCACGCGAUGAUGCGCUCCUGGACGUGGCGUACGCGCCGCGUGUCCCACACUCGCUGGCCGCCUCACUGCUGAGCGGCCGCGUAGGCGUGUGGGACACGCGCAGUGGUGGCGACCCGGCGCUGCUCUGUCCCCAACACAUCGCCCACCGCGACCUCGCCCGCCGCCUGCUCUUCAUCAACACCAAAUCUGGACAGGAGUUCUUCUCAAGCGGGCCCGACGGCGUCUGCAAGUGGUGGGACAUGCGCAAUUUGAACGAAGUCACAGAUGAGCUGAUUAUUGACUUGGUCAAAUCAUCCACGGAGCCGCAGAACAUGGCCACCGCGAACGGCGUCAGUGCACUUGAAUAUGAGCCCACAAUUCCGAGUCGGUUCAUGGUGGGUACCGAGAACGGACUCGUAAUUAGCGGAAACCGUAAAGGCAAGACUGCUUUUGACAAGCUGCCAGCGAAGUACGAGGCGCAUUUGGGACCAGUGUGGUCGCUGGAGCGGAAUCCAGGCUUCCUGAAGAACUUCCUCACGGUAGGCGACUGGUCGGCGCGCGUGUGGAGCGAGGACUGCCGCGAUUCUGCGAUCAUCUGGACGCCGCCGAGCCGCCACCGCAUCACUGCAGGUGCCUGGAGCCCCACAAGGUUACCAUAA